UUGUAAGAGAGGUUGUCACUUUAGCCGAAUAGAGAAAGAGCUGGAACUGACAGGCACUAUCUAGUGACCGCUUAAACGCGCGUUUUGGGUGGUUCUGACCAUUUCGUGGACUGUCAGCGGAACAUUGUUGUGAACUCCAGAAACCGAACAUGACUGAAAAUGGACUUGGGCACCGGGAGAGGGUGCUUAACGUGGACACUAUGAACCCGAAUGUAAAGCGGAUUGAGUAUGCUGUCCGUGGUCCAAUUGUGCAACGUGCAGUGCAGAUUGAAAAAGAGCUCAAAGAGGGAGUUAAGAAGCCCUUCACUGAGGUCAUUAAAGCCAACAUUGGUGAUGCACAUGCCAUGGGCCAGAAACCAAUCACAUUUUUCAGACAGGUUAUAGCGCUGUGCGUGUACCCGGAUCUCUUAGAAGACGAAAAGUUUCCAGAGGACGCUAAAAACCGAGCACGGCGCAUCCUUCAGGCCUGUGGAGGGGGUAGUUUAGGUGCAUACAGUGCUAGUUCAGGCAUUGAGGUCAUACGACAAGAUGUUGCUAAAUACAUUGAGAAGCGGGACGGUGGAAUUCCCAGUAACCCUGACAACAUCUACCUCUCUACUGGGGCCAGUGAUGCCAUAGCGACCAUGCUGAAGUUGUUGACGUCAGGCGAGGGGAAGACCCGUACAGGGGUGAUGAUCUCCAUCCCUCAGUACCCCCUCUACUCUGCUGCUCUUGCUGAGCUGGCGGCUGUCCAGAUCAGCUACUACCUGGAUGAGGACAAGUGCUGGAGCCUGGAUGUCAAUGAGCUGAGGAGGGCUGUGAAGGCAGCCAGGGAGCACUGUAACCCCCGCGCCCUCUGUAUUAUCAACCCUGGCAACCCCACAGGUCAAGUCCAGAGCAGGCAGUGCAUUGAAAAUGUGAUCCGAUUCGCUGCUGAGGAGCACCUUUUCCUGAUGGCUGAUGAGGUUUACCAGGAUAAUGUGUACAUGGAGGGUUGCCAGUUCCACUCCUUUAAGAAGGUUCUGUUUGAGAUGGGAUCUGAGUACUCCAGUGUUGUGGAGCUGGCCUCCUUCCAUUCCACCUCCAAAUGCUACAUGGGAGAGUGUGGUUUCAGGGGAGGGUACAUGGAGGUGAUUAACAUGGACCCUGAGGUGAAGUUGCAGCUGACUAAGCUGGUGUCUGUGCGGCUGUGCCCCUCCAUCCCUGGGCAGGCUCUGCUGGACCUGGUAGUCAACCACCCCCAGCCUGACGAACCUUCCUACGCCACCUUCAUCAAGGAGCGUACUGCCAACCUGCAUAUCCUGUCUGAGAAGGCCAAGAUGACAGAGCAGGUCCUCAACACGGUCCCAGGGAUCCACUGUAACCCUGUCCAGGGAGCCAUGUACACCUUCCCCCGCCUCACACUGCCAGAAAAAGCCAUCAACGCUGCCAAGGAAAAGGAACAGGCUCCAGACAUGUUCUACUGUAUGAAACUGCUGGAGGAGACGGGCAUCUGUCUGGUCCCAGGGAGUGGCUUCGGACAGAGGGAUGGAACCUACCACUUCAGGAUGACCAUCUUGCCUGCAACUGAAAAGCUGAAGAUCGUUUUAGAAAAGAUCAGGGAGUUUCAUAAGCGGUUCACAGAGGAGUUCUCAUAACCCCAAACUCCUCCCCCACCUAGACCAGUCUGUCACAGAAACCCACCCAUCCUCCUCAGAAAAUGGAUUGAAUAGCCAACAAAGGGUGCCAGUGAGUUACCAAGUGUCGUUGUGUGGCUGGAACAGUGAACUACUUAACAUGGUGCCUGCGAUUCUGUUUUAGCUAAUUGUUUUUAAUUGUGUCAGACAGCAUUUGCACAGCGGCUGGUGGCACCUUAAUUGGAGAGAACAGGCUCAUAGUAAUGGCUGGAACAGAAUGUAUGGAAUGGUAUCAAACACAUGGUUUCCAUUAUUAUGAGCUGUUCUCCCCUCACCAGCCUCCUUUGCAAUGUGUGUGUAUUUAUGUGAUAUCUGUUUUCAGUCAUCAGCUCAUGACUUAACUUUUUUUUUCUUCAGUUAAGUGUUUACUUGUCCUGCCAAGUAUUUUACAGGUCAUACAGCAACACUGGUCCAAACUAGUCCGAAUAUCAGUAAAUGGUUGGUAGAGGUGUGCUUCUAUUGCACCACAGGAGUGCAAUGGAUAUUGCGUUGAAAAGUGUGCUGGGUUGAAAAGAGUACUGUGUCCAAUGAACAGUCUGACUGUAGCUACAGUAUUUUUUUAGUGACUAAUGUUGAUUGUAUCUAGAAUUGUAUAAAUAAAAUAAAUGUAUUUGUGUA